AUGAGCCAACCAUUCGAGUCGCACAGCCCGCAAUUCAACACAAUUGUUGGUUCAUCACCAACGUUGGCGCUCUUAGCAGAGAACCAAGACUAUCCCUUCGCUCACGAGGCUGGAGUCUUCUUCCCCGAUACCAACAACCUAUAUAUUACCAGCAACCGAUGCAUCGAUUCCGACGGGAACCAAAAGGUUCACAUUACACGCGUGGAUCUGAAUACAGAACCAGUUAUCUGUAAAGUGAUCACUCCUCCUAUCCCCAUGGGAAAUGGAGGAAUAAACUAUGGCAAAAAUCAUGUUCUGUUUUGCGCCCAAGGAUCCAUGACCGAACCCAGUGGACUGUAUCGGAUGUCCACAGAACCCCCUUACCAGACCGAGCUUUUGAAAGCAGAUUUCCUAAAUCGGCCUUUCAACUCUGUUAAUGAUGUGGUUGUGCACUCGGAUGGAUCUGUCUGGUUCACCGAUCCCAUCUACGGCUUCGAACAGGGCUAUCGACCCACACCUAGUCUGCCUAACCAGGUGUAUAGGUGGUGUCCCGAUACUGGGGCGAUCCGGGCUGUGGCUGAUGGAUUUGGGAGGCCGAAUGGUAUCUGUUUCUCGCCCGAUGAGAAGGCAGUAUACAUCACCGACACAGACCGAGUUCAUGGCGACGGUACUGUCAAUGAUCAGCGUGUCUCGUCUAUUUAUGCUUUCGAUGUUACGAAAAUACAUGGAGAGCCGUUCCUUGUUAAUCGAAGACUAUUUGCUAUGGCAGCUGAAGGCAUUCCGGACGGAAUCAAAUGUGAUUGCAACGGCAACGUUUACAGUGGCUGUGGGGAUGGAAUUAAUGUUUGGUCACCCGGCGGUGUUCUCUUAGGACGUAUCUUGAUUGAGGGUGGUAUUGCGAACUUUUGCUUCGGAAAAGGUGGCGAGAUAUUUGCUUUGAAUGAGCAUAAAUUGUGGCGGGUUCAAUUAAGAGCAGAUGUAAAGGGUGCAUUGCUGGGUAUAUAA